CACCACUCACUCAUACUGCCUGUGCUCUCCUCCAGUGACUGAUGGGGACCAUUCCUUAAAUGUGACUUUUUCUCUCAUUUUCAGUGUUGACAUUUGCUUUGUUUGAAUUUUACUGAACCAGCUCUGGACUGCACAGAAAGGAUUUUAAAAGUUUGAAAUCAUUUUCCAUUUCAUACUCAUGACUUGGAACAUGGAUCCCACUGUGGAGUAUAGAGAUACCUAUGAUUAUGAUUAUGGUGACAACGAAACUAUGUGUGACUACUCUGAGUGGGAGCCAUCCUACUCCCUCAUCCCUGUCCUCUACAUGCUCAUCUUCAUCCUGGGCCUGUCUGGGAAUGGAGUGGUCAUCUUCACCGUGUGGAGGUCCAAGUCCAAGCGCCGAGCAGCAGAUGUUUACAUAGGCAACCUGGCCCUGGCUGACCUCACCUUUGUGAUCACUCUGCCCCUCUGGGCCGUGUACACAGCACUGGGCUACCACUGGCCCUUUGGUGUGGCCCUGUGUAAGAUCAGCAGCUACGUGGUGCUGGUCAACAUGUACGCCAGUGUCUUCUGCCUUACCUGCCUGAGCUUUGACCGUUACCUGGCUAUCGUCCACUCUCUGUCCAGCAGCCGGCUGCGGUCGCGGGGCACAAUGCUGGCCUCCCUGGGGGCCAUCUGGCUCCUCUCAGGCCUGCUGGCUGUGCCCACUUUGCUGUUCCGCACCACCGUGGACGACAUCAACAGCAACCGCACCACCUGUGCCAUGGACUUCAGCCUGGUCACCCAAAACGAGAGGCAUGAGUCCCUGUGGAUCGCAGGACUCAGCCUGUCGUCCUCUGCCCUGGGCUUCCUCCUACCGUUCCUGGCCAUGACCAUCUUCUACUGCUUCAUCGGCUGCACUGUCACGCGUCACUUUAACAACCUGCGCAAGGAGGACCAGAAGAAGCGUCGUCUGCUGAAGAUCAUCACCACCCUGGUGGUUGUAUUUGCCAUCUGCUGGACCCCAUUCCACUUGCUGAAGAGCAUGGACGCCCUCUCCUACCUGAACCUGUCUCCCAGCUCCUGUGGGUUUGAGCGCUUCCUCCUGGUGGCCCAUCCUUAUGCUACCUGCCUGGCUUACGUUAACAGCUGCCUCAACCCCUUCCUGUACGCCUUCUUCGACCUGCGCUUCCGAUCCCAGUGCCUGUGCCUGCUCAACCUGAAGAAGGCCAUGCAUGGACAGAUGAGCUCCAUGUCCUCCACGCUCAGCGCCCAAACACAGAAGUCAGAGAUACAGUCUCUGGCCACCAAAGUGUAAAAAGAGGGGAGGGAUAGGUGGAGUGGGACUGCUGGCUGGUUCCCUGCUGCCACCACAGGAACACUGACUGGUAAACACACAGUUUUUUGGUGUCCGUUACUCAAAUGCUUUUAAGGCGUAACAGACAAUGAACAAUGACUUUGUUUUCCGAAACAUGGGUUUGCAUAUACAGUAUGUUUUCAUUCUUGUGUAUAUGUACAUUUCUCACCCAUUUCAACCCAACGGGUGCUUCAGUGGGUAGGGGAGAAGCUCAGGGAGUCCUCAGCCCUUCAAAGGUUCCCUCUAACCCCUGGACUGGACUCUGGAUCUGGGAAGAGUUGGCUGAGCUCCAUAUAGCUGCGUUUUCCCCCCACAACGUCUCAGAAAGGUAAAUAUACUUUUCAGACGGGCUCUAUUUUUCCUCUUCUCCCUUUCAACUGUUAUUCUUUACUGUAUAAGGGACCAGAACCCUGAACAAAAAGACAGAUGGUCAUUGAGGUUUUUUUUCUGUUGUUGUUAUGUAUAUCACAUGCAAACCUGUUUACACUGGGUAAAUCACAAAUGUACAGUAUUUUCAUACUUUUGCUGUUUCAGAUGUGUUGAUAUUUUGUUUUAUUACAAGCACUUGUUAAAUGAAUGAAAUGUAAAAGAGGGGAAAUGUGUUUGCAAAGAGACCAUAUCUUCUUCAGGUUGUUGUUUGUGAAGGUAGGAGACUGGGCAGAGGAGGGGGGGGGGGUGUAAGAGGAGGAAAGGUGUUGCAGCUUAAUUACAGAGUUUGAGGAGGAGACAGGGGCAGACAGGCAGAUGGCAGCUGACAAAUGUUGUCAGGGAAGUGGGUGGGGGCUUUACAGUGCCCUCUGGUGCCGGGGAGGAAAGGGGACUUCAUGAAUUUUUUAUUGUAUUGCAUAUAUGUUUUUGACAUCUGUGUAACUAACUACUGUAUUAAAGAAAUAUGAUCUAUGAAAUGGAUCUCCUUGUUGAUCUUUAUGUGGAAUUUUAUCUCAAGGAAUAGGGGUAUGUGUAUUCUCUUUAACUUUGAUCCUGUUUGAAGUAACACACAAAGUUCAGUCUUUGAGGAAAUUCAUGAUUAAUUGUUAUGGUGUGUUAAUGCUUCAUUCAUUCUGCACAUGUGAACUUUCACAUUAGUUUCAUCAGAGAGUAUAGGAUUUCAACAUCAUCCUGUUUUUUCAGUGAUAAGGAUGCCCAAAGGGCUGCAGCUCUGCCAUGAAUGUCUUCCUCUUGGUUUACAGCACUGCACCAAACACUAGACCCUAUUCAAUCAAAACCAAUAUACAGAUCUGAAAGAAAAGGAAAAAACCUUUCUCCUGCUAAUGUAUAUUCCAUGCAGAGGUUUGAAAAAAAGUGUAGUACUUAAUGGUGUCUAGAGAUUAUUACAUCAAAUAUUUUGUUUGUCACUUGCUUCGUAAACAACAGGUGUAGACUAACAGUGAAAUGCUUAAUUACUUGUCCUUUUCCAACAAUGCAGAGAAAAAAACAUUUUUUUUAUCAUAUAUAUAUAUAAAGUACCAGUCAAAAGUUUGGACACACCUACUCAUUCAAGGGUUUUUCUUUAUUUUUACUAUUUUCUACAUUGUAGAAUAAGGCCUGAUUUGCGCAGUCCCCUCUGAACAGUUGAUUUCGAGAUGCGUCUGCUACUUGAACUCUAUAAAGCAUUUAUUUGGGCUGCAAUCUGAGGUAAAGUUAACUCUAAAUAAUUUAUCCUUUGCAGCAGCAGAGGUAACUCUGGGCUCCCGAGUGGCAUAGCGGUCUAAGGCACUCAGUGCUAGGGGUGUCACUACAGACCCUGGUUCAAUUCCAGGCUAUAUCACAACAGGCUGUGAUUGGGAGUCCCGUAGGGCGGUGAAUAAUUGGCCAGUGUCGUCCGGUUUCGGGUUUGGCUGGGGUAGGCCGUCAUUGUAAAUAACAAUUUAUUCUUAACUGGCUUGCCUAGUUAAAUAAAGGUUCAAAUAAAAAAUCAAAUUCCUGUGGCGGUCCUCAUGAGAGCCAGUUUCAUCAUAGCGCUUGAUGGUUUUUGCGACUGCACUUGAAGAAACUUUAGAAGUUCUUGAAAUUUUCUGGAUUGACUGACCUUCAUGUCUUAAAGCAAUGAUAGACUGUCGUUUCUCUUUGCUUAUUUGAGCUGUUCUUGCUACAAUAUAUUUUACCAAUAGGGAUAUCUUCUGUAUACCACCCCUACCUUUUCACAACACAACUGAUGGCUCAAACGCAUUAAGAAGAAAAGACUUUGCAUUCCAGGUGACUACCUCAUGAAGCUGGUUGAGAGAAUGCCAAGAUCAUGCAAAGCUGUCAUCAAGGCAAAGGGUGACUACUUUGAGGAAUCUCAAAUAUAAAAUAUUAUUGAUUUGUUUAAUGUGUUAUUUCAUAGUUUUGACAACUUCACUAUUAUUCUACAAUGUAGAAAAGUAAAAAAUAAAUAAAGAACAACCCUGGAAUGAGUAGAU